AUGUUUUUUGCUGCAGGCCAAAUGAGCAGCUCGCGAACCGGAUUCUCAAGCCAUGGCAGCUGCCCAGGCAUCGCACACCAGUUUUUCAAUUUCUGUGAUCCGCCGAGUCGCCAGCACGCGGCCUUCGUCAACGCCAAGGGUGAUUGCGUCUCUGGCCCAGCUCCUUACCGGAAAAACACAUGGCCUUCUGCAGCUGCUCCAGAAACGCUCAGUCUGCCUCAUGACCACAGCCGAGCCAUUGCGGCUACAAUUUCGGUCAAGUCAAAUGCUGGAGCCGCCGCAACCAUGCCAGUCUCACAGCUGCCACCACACGCCGCUGCGGGCGUUGACCCUUACCAGUGCUGUAAGCCACCUCAGGCACCCGCCUGGGAUCCGUAUCCACCACCGCCGCAAAGCUUAUCCGGAAUGGUCGGCCGCCUAGCCAGGUCCGGCGCCCUUGCAGCGCACCCUCAUCUGCACGCCUGCUACGGGCCCCCGGCCAGCGUGAUGGUGCCGCUGCCGCCCACAGCCGCGCGGCCCCCACUCGCGCCGCGCCCCCCAGCUGGAGCCGCACCAAGAUCCGGAGGCCAAGCACACGGUCCCGUUGGCAUGCCGCUGUCGUCUCCGUCACCAUCGCACCAACACCAAGUGUAUCCGCACCAGCCUAUGCCGCCGCAGGCUGGCUCGGGUGCUCACCCCGUGGCACCGCCGGCACCUUCCGGCACUUACCCAGUGUCCGUUCCGACGUCCGUCUCCGCACCGCCGCCGCCUCCGGGGGUCUGGCCGUGGCCUUGGUCACUGUCGCAGCCGCCGCCGCCGCCGCCACCGCCGCCCUCAGCGGCACCGCCGCAGGCGGGUAGCGGCGGUGGGCCCGUCACCGGCGCUGGUGGGAACGGUAGCAGCGGUGCAAGCGGCUGGACCGCCUCUGGACCGCCAGGUGGUGGCGGCAGCGGCGGCGGCGCGGUGGGCGGCAUGUGCCGCAGCGGCGGCGGCAGCGGCGGCAGCGGCGGCUGGCGCCCGGAGGAUGACGAAGCCGAAGACGCCCUACAGGAGCUGCUUCUGGAAGAGAUCGCCGCGGCCCCCUGGCCCCACUUAUCACCGCAACAGAAGCACCUUACUCAGUCGCAGUCAGCCAACCCGCCUCAGGAGCUGUUAUUGCCGCAAUUGCAGUCUCAGGCAGCCACCGACGGCUUACUGCUGGGCCCGCCUCCGAUAUCUGCCGGCGGGACGGGUAUGAUGGAUGUGGAGAUAGGUCUUCAGUCUCGAAGCGACGACGCCCUGUUCGCUGCAUGGCUUAGUGAGAUGGGCACGGGAGCCGGGGCACCCCAAGCGCCGCCGGGUAUGACCAGCGCUGGCUCAGGCAGCGGCGGUGCGGCGGUCUGCUGGGCGCCACCAGGCUCGACUACACUCACAGGCCCGACGGGCACAGCACCGCCGCCUCCAACGGGCGCAGGGGCUGCGCAACAGGACAGUGGUUACAACCGGGCAUCCUUCGUCAAUUCUCCCAACUCCACGAGCAUGCCAACCACUCCAACCGUCACGAACGCGCAUACCGGUGUUGUCCCUGCUAGCACCAUCGACGGGAGCUGGGACGGCGGCGCCGGUGCGAACACUGGCAAUUGCGCUGUCAUCGGCGGCGGCGCGCACACAGUUGCUGCCAGCCUGCGCGAGCAGAUCUACGGCACAUUCGACCUCCCAGUUGCCGACGCUGCGCGUGUGCUUGGUAUCAGCGCGACGGAACUCAAGCGCAGGUGCCGGCGACUGGGCAUUUCACGCUGGCCACAACGCAAGCUGCAAAGCCUGCGGCGGAUCGUGCAGGCUGCGGAGUCCGAUGCGGGAUUGUCCGAGGAUGAACGCAAGGCCGUUAUUGAGCUUGCGGCUCGCAACCGUGAGGAAAUCAUGGCUGAUCCAGACGCUCCAUUAGUUGACCUCCUGAAGACGGUCCGGCAGACACAGUACAAGCAGUCCUUCGAGAAACGUGCUGCCGCAGCCGCUGCUAGCCGCCGCGCCCCGCCGCCUAUGUAA